ACUAGCUUCGCAAACUUAACUGAGACUAUCUUCGAUGCCUUAUACUUCUUCAUACUCUCGACCUUGAGCUCGCCCCGACCACGCUGUCUUAGCGCGACAGAUUCUCGGACCGUGCUCUAUACUGAACCCCGUCUCUACAAUAGCACCGGAUUCUGGAAACACGCCAUGGAGGAUCUCGAAAAUGGCCAUGGUCUUGACCCUGGCUCUCCCAAAGCAGCUGUAGGACAAUUCUCGUUUGCUCCUGCCACCCAAACCACGGUUGUGACGACGACCACCACUACGACCACCACUUUUCCACCCGUGCCUCUAAGGCCGCCUCACGCAAUGCGGAAUCUCGACCCAAAGCUAUAUCCUUUGGCAUCAUCUCCUACUCCCCCAUCAUUGAGAAACAUCAAGUUCGAACUCGGUGGGAAACAGGUUAUAUUUCACGAGCCCGAAAACACGGCUGCCAAGUUGAAGGAGCUGAACGAACAGGCGGUUGCUUUGAACGCUUCGAACGGUAUGGUACGAUCCGUGACCUCAUUUACCUCAGAUGAUGCCCAACUGGCCCGGCGUUCUCAACCCCUGAACAAUCUCUCCAUAUCGAAGCGUCGCGCGAUCGAGAAUAGUCACCCUAUCACUCAUGCGUCUUCCCAAAGAGUUCCGUCCGAGCCUUCAGUUCGUUCAUUUCGUUCUCAGGCCUCCACGCAAGCACAAGCUAUGACGGCUGGCCUCGCCACUCCAGACACGGAAAGCAAUAACAGUGCGGGGGAGGGUGUCAUUCCCAGACGGAGGGUCUACAGUCUGAGUAAUCCUCGCAGAGAGACACUGCUACGAUCCCCGUUGUCCUCGGAGAUUGAGUCGCAAGGCACUCUUCCAGGAAACAAUAGUUGGAGAGAAUCGUCCCGCACCAAAACCGUAGUCUCAGACCGAAGCAGGCCGUUACCGCGGAGUGACACAGAAUCAAGCCUCAAUCGACCUCAGUUAGGGGCGUCCGCAAGUCAAGAUUCUGGAUAUGGUGCUCCGGACGACGAUUCUCAGCAUAUACCAAGCGAAUCAGCGACACAGCGGGCAUUUAUCGAUAAUGUGGUGGCACAAGAUAUGUGCUUGCCUAGCCCAAGUCUGUCCCCGGUCGCUGCGAUGAACGCUAUGAACGUCGAUUCCUCGUUCGACUCUGCCGAAGAUCCAGAAGCCGACACGGACUCGAGUUAUGACAAUAAUGACACCAAGGCGAUAGGUUCUUUGCGGAAUGUACAAGCGAAGGCAACAUUCGUUGAGCAAGCUGGCGGCAGCUCCUCAUCGUCUGUUACGCAGCGGUCUGCUUCGCUAAUGGAGAUUCCCGCAAUCCUGGAUUUUUUCGACGCGAUUCCCGAUCCGAUGAAACCGUAUGUUAUGCAUCAGCUGCUCAAGCGUUGUCCCAAGCCGACCUUGCAGUUUGUUGCAGACGUUGUCAAUCCGGCCCUGAAGUGUGAUUUUUUGUCUGCUCUUCCGACCGAGCUAAGUCUUAAUAUCGUCAAAUAUUUUGAUGUUCAGACCAUGUGUCGAGCCGCGCAGGUGUCCAAACGAUGGCGACAUAUCAUCAAUUCUGACGAGAAGUCGUGGAAAGAGCUCUUUGAUCGAGAUGGCUUUAAACUUCCCGAUGGAGAGCUGGAACGUGCAAUCAGAGAAGGAUGGGGCUGGCAGUUCCCGAGCGGCAGCGAGGACCAUGAAAAAGACUUGGGUGCAUUGCCAUCCUUCCAGUCUGAUGAGGAGUCUGGCCACAACAAGACUGCGGUAUCUUUUACGGAGUCAAGUGACAUGGCAUUGUCUUUUAGUCGUCGACCAAAAAGGAAAGCCGUCACACGUGUCUCAAGCCGGAAAUUAACAAAGAGGAAGAUUUCUUCAAGUGGAACUGAUCAUUCAGAAUCCGCAGAUUGGAGAACAGAGGUGUCUAACUCGGAAGGACCUUACGCUGCCGCGAAUGCCGCUGCUGCCGCUAUCCCGUACCCAGAAAUAGGCCUGCCAACCCUACGAGGACUUCAUCUUUACAAAUCGUUGUAUCAGCGUCAUUAUGCCAUCCACAAAGCUUGGAUGAAACCGGAUGUCAAACCAAGACAUAUUGCAUUUGGGGCACACGGUAACCACGUGGUCACUUGCUUGCAGUUUGACACGGAUAAGAUUGUGACCGGAAGUGAUGACACAAACAUUAAUGUAUUCGACACAAAUACUGGUGUUCUCAGAGCAACCCUGGAAGGACAUGAGGGUGGCGUUUGGGCUCUCGAGUACUACGGCAAUACUCUGGUCUCUGGGUCUACCGAUCGAUCGGUCAGAGUUUGGGACAUAGAAAAAGCGAAGUGUACCCAGGUCUUCCACGGGCACACCUCAACUGUACGCUGCCUGCAAAUUGUCCUACCAACAGAAGUGGGGAAAAAGGCGGAUGGCUCUGCUGAGAUGAUGCCUAAAGAGCCACUCAUUAUCACAGGUUCUCGUGAUUCCAAUCUGCGAGUCUGGAAACUUCCGAAGCCUGACGACCCUGAGUAUCACCCUAGUGGACCUCACUCGGACGACACCGAUUGCCCGUACUUCGUUCGUGUUCUUACAGGCCAUCAGCAUUCGGUCCGAGCAAUUGCAGCACAUGGUGACACGUUAGUGAGCGGGAGUUAUGACUUCACAGUGCGGGUAUGGAAGACGUCAACGGGAGAAGUUGUCCACAGACUUACGGGUCACACGCAAAAGGUGUAUAGCGUGGUCCUGGAUCAUAAGAGGAAUCGCUGUAUCAGUGGAGCCAUGGACGUCAUGAUCAAAGUCUGGUCACUGGAGACAGGGUCUCUCUUGUUCAACCUGGAAGGUCAUACCUCUCUCGUUGGACUGCUCGACUUGAAAUAUGAACGUCUGGUUUCAGCAGCUGCAGAUUGUACUCUGCGGAUCUGGGACCCGGAGACCGGUCAAUGCAAGAACUUGCUGAGUGCCCAUACAGGGGCGAUCACAUGCUUCCAGCAUGACGAACAGAAGGUCAUCUCCGGCUCCGAUCGAACUUUGAAGAUGUGGGAUGUUCGCACUGGAGAGUGUGUUAGAGACCUUCUCACUGAUCUGGGCGGAGUUUGGCAGGUCAAGUUCAAUGAUCGUCGCUGCGUUGCUGCAGUGCAACGUCGUGAAGUGACCUACAUCGAAGUUCUCGAUUUUGGCGCUUCGCGUGACGGCGUGCCCAGUGAGCAGCUAGGCAGACGUAUCCUUGUCAAUCGCUGGGGUAACGAGGUCAGCGAUACUGACGAAGAGUACGAUAUGUCGGAUACUUAGAUCCGACUCCGCUUCUUGCUGUCCGGCUUUGUUUUUCCCAGAGACGAGCGACCAUUUUCAAGGGCAGUCAGUCGGCAUCAAGGCAACGGCACGGCCACUUCAUUCUUUUUCAACUUAACAGAUCCAGCCAUGAACUAUUUACGAUACCCCUCCAUGGAUUUUCUAUCCCUAUAAUGAGACUUGCAUAGCGUGGUUAGCAUAUUUUGAUGUGCGGCAUAAUGAUGGGUCGGCGUUGUGGCAUUCCAAA